AAAUGGAAUAGAAAAAUAAAUUCCCCCGUGAUUUUCGUUAUAGUGUAGCCCGGUUUCUCCAGUUGUUUUUUUUAUGUAUUUGCAAAUGUGUCUUUUGCAUCGAACUGUUGCGUUUUUGUCAGUUUUAAGUUACAAUAUGUGCUGUGUUACUUGUUUAUACCAUGUGCAGAUCACACAAUUUUUGCACCCGGAUAUGCUUAAGUAAUCUAAGAAAAGAAUAGAAUCAACCGAGACUACUGUUUGCAAAGUUCUAUGAUCGUUGCAUUCCCUUUCUGACAUAUGUUCUUCGUAUGUUAAUUAAUCACGCUAGCAAAGUCCAGCGUUCUUACCUCUAGGCCGAAGACGAAUGUUGUGGAGUAGUUUAAAGUGAUCUACUUCUAUUGGAGACAAAGCCUUGUUGUGAAUCUAAUUUAUUGAUAAAGUUACUAUGAUGUGUUAUAAUGGAAGUUUAGACAGAAAAAAUUAGAAUAAAAAUCAAAUAUUUUCUUGAAAGAAUCUCAAACUAGUGUACUCACAAAGUGAUGUCUAGAGGUCUGGAAAUAGUGUUUCUCGUGGACGUUGACAGUUGCCAUUUUUGGUGUGUUUCAUCGACUGACUUGGAAUCUGUAUGUUCAGGGAUGACGACGUAUAAUGGUCUUGAGAGCUGCAUUCAUUCGUUCGAUAACGAUAGUGGCACCAGCAGAGGGGAUGGCUGUGUCACUGACUUCUUUGAUGACGAUGACUCCAGCUGCUCGUCCAGCACUAAUGCUUUUGGAUCGUUCUCCUCUCUCUGGACCAUAAUGAAGAAAGACGAUCAGUGUCAAGAUGAGUGGAAGUUCACAGCAACCCUUCGUCCGACCCUUGCAAAAGGAAAGCCACACCAAUUCUCAGAUGUCGAAACAAUGAAAGAAAAGUUUGCUAAGCUGUUGCUCGGGGAGGAUGUUACCGGUGGGAAAAAGGGUGUCUCCACAGCAUUAGCGCUGUCGAAUGCUAUCAAUAGUCUAGCAGCUUCUGUCUUUGGUGAGCUUUGGAAGCUGGAGCCAAUGCCGGAGGAGAGGAAGAGCGAAUGGCGAAGGGAAAUGGAUUGGCUGCUCGCCCCAACGAACUAUAUGGUCGAGUUGGUUCCCACAAAGCAAAACGAUGCCAAUGGCCGAACUUUAGAGAUCAUGACUCCAAAAGCUCGAGCCGACAUCCACGUGAACCUUCCAGCACUUCGGAAAUUGGAUUCCAUGCUCAUUGAAAUGCUCGACUCGAUGGUGAAUACCGAAUUCUGGUAUGCGGAGGUGGGCAGCCGAGCUGAAGGAAAGAGCCGAAGCGCUGGACAGAGCACGCGGUGGUGGCUUCCUUCCCCGCGAGUGCCCACAGUCGGCCUCUCGGAGAUAGAAAGAAAGAGAUUGCUGCAUCAAGGCAAAUUGAUCUUCCAAGUGUUCAAAGCUGCGAAAGCCAUCAACGAGAGCGUCUUGGCUGAUAUGCCGAUCCCUGCCACCAUCCGAAACGCGCUCUCAAAGUCGGGGAGGGUGAGCCUCGGAGAGGAACUGUACAGGAUCCUGACUGCAGAGUGUCUGUCUACCGAGGAUAUGAUCAGCUGCCUGAAUCUGAAAUCCGAGCACGGUGCUCUCGAAGCCAUCAACCGAUUGGAAGCUGCUAUACUCGUGUGGAAGGAGAGAGUGGCGGAGCAUGGCAACGGGAAGUCCCCCAUUCACACGUCGUGGUCUUUCGCUAAAGUAGAACUCGAUAAGAUGGAAUCGUUGACAAACCGAGCCGAACUACUGCUGCUGCAGCUCAAGAGCAAGUAUCCAAAUCUUCCUCAGACAUUCCUAGAUGUCACAAAAAUCCAGUAUGGCAAGGAUGUGGGGCACUCGAUUCUUGAAGCUUACUCCCGAGUUGUAUCUAACUUAGCAUUCAGCAUUCUGUCACGGUUAGGAGACAUUCUUCAAGAAGACAUAACGAGCAAUCCCAACUCUCCGGUGGCAAUGUCACAUCUCGUCGGAGCUAGAGUUCCAGGGAUCACGGACAGCCCGAUGCUUGACCGCGUCAGGCACUCCCUCAUUCAUCGGUUGAACACCGUGGAUGUGAAGAAACUUUGCGACUCAGGCAGCAACAUUUCCGAUGUCGACACUCGUCGCGACGAAGCUAAGAUAAGCUCGGUGAGCAACGUGACACCUAGCCGGAGCCGAGUUUGGUGCAUCCGCAGUCCGCAGUUCGUCUGGUCAAAAUUCUCCUAGAUACCAACUCAUAAUCCAUGUAAAUAACCCUCCCUGUUAUGUGGAGUCACAUUUUGAAACACAUGUUCCAAGAAUAUUUUCAUAUAUGUUUGUCAUGAAAAUAGGUUUUGAAUUCGUUCUUUAUCCAUGGAAUUUAGUUAUUAA